GCAACUGUACAGUAUAAAAUCAUUUGUUUCAAAAAAUUCAUUGUAUAAUCUUUAUCAAAUUGUAAAUGUGGUUUCACUAUUCAACUGAUAAAGACCGAUAUGGAUAAUGGACGCAUUUCCUAUGCUAGAUACUAGAUCAAGAACGUGUCAGUAUUUUUGUCUAUGAUGCACGGAAUUAUAUAGUAUCCUUGUGUGAAACGAGUUACUUCUGGUGAUAACACAUUCUCUAGUAUUUAAGUUCUUUUGAUAUGACUACUCCAACUUUAACAACUGGAAUACAUGGCGAAGAUGCAGAAUUAUCAUGUUUACCCAUAACGUCUUUAGAGCAACUGUGGACUUAUAUGUCGAAGCCGCCCGGGUGGGGCAGAUUCACUGUUACAAAAGCUCCAAGGGGUGGUUCAUUUGGCAAUGUGCCAUUUGGGAAUUACUAUUGCCACGUUAAGGAGGACCAGUGGCGUACUGAUGUAGAACGUCGACUACGAAAUUGCCGAUUGGGAAAAGAAGUAGUGAAAACCGAACUACUUGUUUGUCAUGAUAUGAUGAACGGCUACCUUCAUGACAGGUUUGUUAACGGUUCAUCAACAUUUCAUUCCUAUCGAUUUUAUCGGUGGUCGGCCGUUGAUAUAUUCGUUUAUUUUUCGCAUCAUUUUGUCACGAUACCGCCCUUAGGAUGGAUAAACGCUGCCCAUAAGCACGGGGUUAACAUAUUUGGUACAUUUAUAACAGAAUGGGAUUCUGGGCAACAGAUUUGUGAGGCGAUACUGAGUACUCCGCACACUAUGAAUUUGACGAUUCAGUCUUUAGUGCAAAUAACAAAGUAUUUUAAAUUGGAUGGGUGGCUACUGAAUAUAGAAAAUAAUUUGCCCGAUGGAAACAAAAUGAUCGAAUUUGUUCAAAAUCUAACUGCUGCCUUGCAUAGCGAACUUCCAGGUGCGCGGGUUAUAUGGUAUGAUAGUGUCCGCGUUGAUGGAAAACUUCAUUGGCAAAAUGAGCUUAACGAAUACAAUAAAUCAUUUUAUGAUGUCUGUGAUGGAAUAUUUUUGAAUUACACAUGGAAAGAACACAAUUUAGAGCGAUCUCUGACUGCUUGUGGUUCUGGAUCUGCAUACAAGGUCUUUGUCGGUGUCGAUGUUUUUGGGAGAAACCAGUAUGGUGGUGGAGGAUUCAAAACGCAAUUGGCAAUAGACAUGGUGCACAAAUAUGGAUUUUCUACAGCGCUAUUUGCUCCUGGUUGGACACAUGAAGCUAUUUGCAAAAAUAUACCGCAGUCUGGUGUUCUUCAACAAGUUGUCAGCACUGCAAACAAUAUUUUGAACAUAUGCAGAACAUCGGCAAUUGUUCAGGCAGGCUUGAAUAUGUCAUCAACAAGCCAAAGUUCUGAUACCAUGUCUGUAACUCCUUUACCAGAGAAAAAUGUUGCAAAUGAUCAAGCGCAUUUGGAUUUAUUUCUGGCACGCGAAGAUUUGUUUUGGAGUUUGAUAUGGCGUUAUUACAGGACACAUGAAAUUGUUCAACUUCCAUUCGCCACUUCAUUUUGUCAAGGAAGUGGGUUAUAUCGCAAUAGAAAGGCUGAGUACAUUAGCGAUCAACCGUGGUACGAUCUCAAUGCUCAAGAGAUUCAGCCAAGCAUUCCAUUCUGUCCAUUACGCUAUGAUUUAGAAACGUUUCUAAAUCCUACAAAUGCUCUAUCAGAUCUUUCUGUUGCCAACAUCCAAUCUACAAGUUGCUUAGAAUACGAAUUUGCAGACUCAUUCAAUGGUGGUUCAUGUUUAAGAUUUACAAAGCUUGCUGAUGAUGAUCUCAUUACUCGACUUUUCGUUACAAAUCUGCCGAUUAGAAAAUCGGCAAUAGUUAUCGUCGUUACGAAGAAAAUAUUUUACGGAUGCCUGUCCAUCUUGGCAUUAGCUGAAAGACCUGACGGUAGUACGAUAAAGUUGACAUUGGGUGCCGACGAUGAGUGUGAUCCCUUCGAGGAAUUCAAUUUGCCGAAUGUGUAUUCACCAGAUAUGAGGUCUAGUACCUAUUCUGUGCCAUCACUGACGCCAUUCGAGUGUAUAACGACGAGUGAGGCUACAAUCAAGCCUUCUACUGGAGAACAACUGAAAUCGGCUUUGAUAUACUUACUAAUUAACUAUCCACAGGAAUACUUUUAUUUUUCUGCGCGAAAUUAUUGGACGACCAGAUACUACGUUAUUCCCUGUUCCGAUGUUCGCAUAAGGGAUAUAGCUGUAAAAUUAACAGGGCCUGUCGAUUGCACAGUGCUUCUAGGUCAUUUAGCCAUAAUACCAUAUGAAUAGUUAUUAUUCAUAUACAAUUCAAUUAAAAUUCGAAAUAUUAAUAAAAGAUA